GUCAAUUUAAAGCAUGUUACGCUUUGAAAAUGGAAACAGACUCGGACUUGUUACUUACAAAUAAAGGAAAUCUUUACCCAGUUGACCUGCCCUCUCAGAAUUAUGAUGAAUUACGUCCCGACUCCGAGUACCUGUCGAGCCUUGAGACAGACACAAAGUCAUUUAGCCUUCCCAAUGGAGCAGAGAUGAAAAUAACUCAUAACAACAUAGGCCAGCUGAGGCUGUUUGGAAAGGAUGAUCCAGCUCAUUUCCUUUUGGCUCUUCAUACACCUGAAGAUGAAACCCAAGUGGUUGCACUAUACGUGCAUGGUAAAUUUUGGCCAGUUAGUGAUGUCUUGAAGACGUCCAGAAAAUCCAGAAAUGGACUUGUGUUUGUGGAGUCAGUGAUGGAGAGAGUUAUACUGUUCCUGCUAAGUCAGAUUGUGUUUGGGGUACUUGAGAGGCCACUGGAAGAAGACGUGUAUUUCUCAGUUCAUCCCAUGUCAGAAUAUGGUAAAGUCUUCUGGCAAGAUGGAGAAGCAGUUGGCUUUUACACCAUUAAGAAGAAAGGAAGCCUGUGCAAUGGAAACCCUGGUCAGUUUUAUCUUCUCCCUGUGCUGGACACUGUGUUUGUGCGUACCCGAUGGAGAAGGAAAGGCCUGGCACUGAAGAUGCUCCAGGAUUUCUGCUUCUCCAUGCCCACAGAGAGUGUGCUGGGUAUCAGCUACCCCAUAUCUCCCAGCAUGUAUAGAGUAUGCCAGAAGUACCUAGAGAUGCAACCGGAACAAAGAGAGCACCUCUAUGAAGUGGAGGCUCCUGGAGACUGGAGUCAGCGACGUAACGUGUGGUUAAGCAUUCAACUUCAGCAACGUCUAACACACAGUAAAAUCUCUGAUGAACGUUUACACAACACUGAACCUACUGAAGGACAGCUCACAGACACUAAGGGAAAGGGAGCCAUGCUACAAGAUAGUGACUCUGUCACCAGCCCCAAGCAAUGCAGCGACCAUAAAAACAGGGUGAAGAGGAGACAAUGCAACUACACUGAAACACCAGACAAAUGUAAAAAUGCUAAGAUGUUUUAAUAAAAGUCUCAAUGUGAAAGGUC